UUCCAGUUAGGUCCGCAGCAGAAGUGGGCUGCACAACACCGGACCGUGUGUCGACGGCAACAUGGCUGGGGCACUGCGGAAAUUAUCAGCGGCUUGGAGAAUGGGGAGACAAUCUGUGUUACGGCCAGUGGUGCAGACGGGAUGGCAACAUGUCAGAGACUCGUCACACUUUACCUACUACCCAGACACCGUCCCGGAGUCUCACGAUGAGACGCAGCGACUUAACUUGUUCCAGUCCAUCAAUAAUGCCUUGGACCUCGCCCUCGCCACGGACGAUUCUGCUGUCAUAUUUGGGGAAGAUGUUGGGUUUGGAGGAGUGUUUCGCUGCACUAUUGGGCUGCAGGACAAGUUUGGGAAGGACCGUGUCUUCAACACUCCUCUCUGUGAACAAGGUAUUGCAGGAUUUGCCAUAGGUUCAGCAGUGGGAGGUGCCACUACCAUUGCUGAGAUGCAGUUUGCUGACUACAUCUUCCCUGCUUUUGACCAAAUAGUGAACGAAGCAGCUAAAUAUCGCUAUAGAUCAGGCAACCUCUUUAGCUGUGGUAAGCUGACCAUCAGAUCUCCAUGUGGUGCUGUAGGACACGGUGGCCUCUACCACUCCCAAUCCCCAGAGGCUUAUUUCAGUCACACUCCAGGACUUAAGGUUGUGGUGCCUCGUGGCCCUAUAAAGGCAAAAGGCCUGCUGUUGUCAUGCAUCAGGGAUGACAAUCCUUGCAUCUUCUUGGAACCUAAAGUACUCUAUCGCUCUGCAGUAGAGAUGGUGCCCACCAGCGACUACACAUAUCCUCUCUCCUCGGCAGACAUUUUGUUGGAAGGGGAAGACAUCACCCUGCUGGGGUGGGGAACACAAGUACAUGUGUUAAGGGAAGUGGCAGAGCUGGCAAGAGAACAGUUGAAUGUUUCCUGUGAAGUAAUUGAUCUGGUAACAAUCCUUCCUUGGGACCAACAGACUGUCUGUAAUUCUGUCAAGAAAACUGGUCGAUUGCUUAUUGCACAUGAAGCUCCCAUCACUAGUGGUUUUGGGGCAGAAGUUGCAGCAACAGUGCAGAGUGAGUGCUUCCUUCACCUUGAGGCACCUGUAGAGAGGGUGUGUGGUUUUGACACUCCGUUCCCACAUAUUUUUGAGCCAUUCUAUCUACCAGACAAAUGGCGUUGUCUCAGUGCUCUGAAGAAAUUGAUGAAUUACUAAAUACUGAGGGAGCUACCACCUAGCUAUGUUUUAAAGGAUACUUCAUUCAUCUGUUGAAAAUUUAACAUUUGCUUUUCUGCUAUUAGAUUAACCAAGUUGAAUAAUCAUGGUAAUAAUGACAAAAGGUUAAAUCUUAAUGCAGAGAUAUAGUAUUUAAUUACUCAUUGGUAAUGCUCAAAAUUAAUAUCUUUUCCUUGAUGUCUGGGCGAUAAUGCCUGUGUGAUAGUAUGUCACUGUUAUUUAUUUGAAAACUUGUAGAUGCCACCUUGCACAUAAAUGAGUGAUCAAUCAUCACCCACUUAUGCUAGUUAUGGCUUGCAUGGCAGUACUGUGUGGCUCAGUGGUACAGUGCCCAGCUCAUGACCAGAAGGUUGUGAGUUUGAUGGCAGCCUCUUUAUGGGUGAGUGAUGUAGUUGUCUCAUAAUAUUGUUAUUGAGAACAUAAAUCAUUAAGUACAAUUUUUUCUCAAGUGCAAUCAUUUUAGGUAGCAUGGGACCGAUGCAAGCACUGCUGUAUGCAAGCUGCCUGCCAGCCUACCUAUGCCAUGAUAACUGAAUAUUUUGUGUGAUUCUUAUGGUUGUAAUAGUUUUGCUCUGUUUGUAUUGGUUGAAUGUCCAUACGGAACCAUAAAUGCUAGUCACUGGAUAUUUAACCUCUUGCCCCAGGAUGGUGUCAUGAAUGUGCAUGUUGUAUUUGGGAUAUGUGGGUGUGUGAAAUUUCAAAUGCUGUUACUGUAUCUAAUGUUGAUUCUGUCAUCAAACUAAACCGAAUAGUCAAAUAUCAUAUAAGAAAAUAUUCAGUGAAAUCAGGUGUUUUUCAAACCAGUAAACCAUCUGAAUAAUAUGAACCUUUCUUGAUAAUGAAAUAAUUUGGACAUGUACUUGUGUGAUUUUAUUUCUACGUGGUGGCUGGCUGAGGAAGUCUUUGGUCCUCAAAGAAAAGGUCUUCCUCCUCCUUGGAGUGAGUGAGUUCUUGAAGUAGAAAAAUGUCUUCAACUGUUUAUUAUUUUUUUUACCCAUAUUGUUUUUUUUCUAAAACUAUCCAUAUCAUAGUAAAUGUGUUCCUGCUAAGGCAAACUUAAAUUAGGCAUAACUUACAGUAUUUACAUCUGCCAGAUGUGGAGCAUACCAAAUAAGAUGUAUAUUUAUGUCUACUGGCUGGGAGCGAGUGGCAUCUAAGGCUUAAAUGUACAUCCCUGGGUUGAAAGGGUUAAAAGGUGCCCUGUUAUCAGGUGUCAGGUGAUGGAGGAGAAAAAGGAGGUUAUGGUGGAUGUUAGUAAUAAUGUGUAAUUUGAAUUUGUCUGCUCUUGUGCCAUAGAGAAUGAAAAUUGUAUUACUUGGUUGUUUGUAAACACAGGACAAUACACUUUUCUAGGGAUGAGCAUAGACAUACAGCUUUCUCCUCUGAGGCAAAGAGGAGUGAGCUUAUUGUCAAAUAAAUUCAUGACGAAGGUGUGAGGUGUGAAACAUGCUAUUAUUGUGUAACUUUUAUCCUUCUUGUUUUUUAUUAUUGUCUGUGAUUAUUAGUUAAAAGUAGGGUCUUCUUUUUCUUCGAGAUGUGAAAAUUUUGUGCUCUAGUAAUGUUGUAGCAUAUACAUAUUAUGUUGUAGAAUAGUUGACUGGCCUGUGGCUGUCUUGAUCUUAUACAGGAAACAAGGUUGCUGGUUAGUUAGUUGAUCAAAGACAAAGAACCACUUUUAGUAAUAGUACAUGGUAUGUGCAUUUUUACAGUGAAUCGUUAAUCAGCAAUGCUUUUAGUUAUGGGUUGUGGGAAGUUUUUGGUUCAAUUGUUCUAUUUCGUAGAUUCUGCCAUUACACAAACCUGUAAUUAUUUAAGAUGUGUGCAGUACACACCAGUAUUAUCAACAUAACUCAAUGCUUUGUUAAAUUUGGGCCAUAUUAUCACAAAGUAGACAUAUCCAUUCAAAAGAAUGAUCUGGUGAGAAGAAAUAUAGGAUAAAACAAAAGUCCUUGAUUUCUCUUGUUUUUAAUUUCCAUUCUGGGAAAAACAAGAUCUGAAACAGAAAUUGAUAAAAUGUUUUUGUUCCAUCCUUUGUUAGCUAUCACUGUCACUUUAUUGUGAUCUAUGUUUUGUUUUAAGCUAGUUAAUUAUGCCACAAAGAAAAUUUUAGCAUAACAUUUACUCCCUUCUGACUUUUGAACUACUUCAGUGAGUAUAUAUUCCUGAAUUUCUAAAGAAGGGCAUUUACCAUAGUAAGAUGAUGUGCACAUACAUUUGGUAUUCUGCCAUACCUAAAAUUUGUCAGGGUUUAGUUGAGCAGGAUGCUUUAAGAAUGCUUUGUAAUUUCCUGUGAUGUGGAUAUUGAUUAGCUGAAGCUGUGAGAACUUGUAAGGUAUUACAUUAAGAGGGCUAGCUAGAUAGCUGUAAAUGAUUUAUAGUUUUGAUAGAUAAUAAUGUCUCGAGAGAAUAAAAAAGAAACGAG